GCUGCAGAGUCUGGACUUGCAGCAGCACAGUUUUGUCUUGCACUUUGCUACUACAAUGGAAUAUCCACACAAAAGGACUACGCAUUGGCCUUUCAAUGGUGUAAACAAGCUGCUCAACAGGGUCUUCCCGCUGCUCAAAAUGUUUUGGGUAAUCUUUAUCUUGAGGGGUCUGGAUGCACGUUGAGCACAGCGAUCGGGCUAGAGUGGUACACCAAAGCUGCUGCAAAACGAGAGGCUGCUGCUAUAUAUAAUAUCGGUACAUUAUUUGAGCGCGGUAUGGGGAUUGAACAAAACUACGGGCGAGCUUACGAAUGGUACAUGCGUGCAGCUUCGUAUGGAUCCAUCAAUGCCCAAAAUGUACUGGGUAUAUUUUUGGAACAGGGAAUUGGAGUUGAAGCAAAUCCACACCAAGCAGUUCAGUAUUAUACUCGGGCCGCGUUGUGUGGGCAUCCUCAUGCCCAGUAUAACUUGGCACGCUGCUACCAUGAAGGAUUUGGCCUCCAACAUAACGACUACCUUGCACUUGCAUGGUUUGAAAAAGCCGCUCGACAGAAUCACGUUCUGUCCAUUCUUUCCACGGCCAUUUCAUACGAG